CUCGAGCAAACCAUCACAAUGAGCGCGCCUUCCUCCAACUCUCCCCGCGACGAUCCCGUCGCAUCCUCCACUACAAACCCUGACAGUCAAACAAAUUCAAUCGCCGGCCCUCCCCACCAUAGCGCCGCCGCCGCCGCCGACGAUAGCGACGACUACACCUCCUCCUCCGGCCCCAGCGACAGCGAAGAAGAAGAAAGUGACAACGACGAGGAGGAUGCCCCCGCGACCGCGACCCAGCCCCGCGCCCCGCGCCCCGCGCACAACCCCUCCUCUGCUGCCUCCGCGGACACCUCCAUCCCCCGCAUUCCAGCCCUCCCCAAACCCAACAUCCACCGCAUCCCGCAGACGCCCGACCUCCUCUCCCGGCUAUCGGCCUUCCUGCCGCAGAUGAAGACCGCCAACGAGCAGCUCGAGCGCGAUAUCGCCGCCGGCCGGGCGAAGGACAUCCGGUUGGAUGAUGCGAUGGAUGAGGAUGAGGAUGGGGACGAAGACGAGGAAGAGGAGGAUGGGAAGCGGUAUAUUGAGAUGAACCUCGGACUCGGCGUGCUGGAAGAGAAACGGCCGGACGAUGAGAUCUCGACCGCCGCGCCACCGGGCAACGAGGAGACGGUGCUGGCUUCGCGGCCUAAGGACUCUGGGGUCUUGGAUACCUUGAUGGGUAAUACGAAUGCUGCGGCCGCGGCGGCGUCGAAGCCCACGAUCGAGGAGUUGGAGAAGUGAUUCCUAUGUUUUCUAUUUGUGGAUCUCUGAUUAAAAAAGGUUGGGAAAAGUUAUCUGGGUAGAGAUCGGGUCUUUUUUUUUGGUUUGCAUGGCAAGAGGGCGUUUGGGGUCGGACGUUUUAUCUUGCUACUUCGUGCGGGUUUCCAAGUGUCCUUGAAUUGGACAUUUUUUUUGGCUUGGCUUGGCUUUUUCAUCAAGCGGGUGGAGGCAUGCUCUCGUGUUGACCUCCACAAUUACGUUUAUAGACUAUUUUUGUUUGGACUAAACAAUACUACG